AUGACUAGUGACAUUGUGUCUUACAGUUCAUUCAGAAAUGAAAACUAUUUCGAAUGUAAUAUAGCUGCAAAAAUUAGAAGAUUAAAAAUACAAGAGGGACUCAUUAAUCAAAAUAUUGUAAAAUUAUUGGACAGAGAGAAUAAUAUAGUCAAUUUGAACAACAAAAUAAACUGUGAAUACAAAGCUUUUAUAACAAAAAUACAAAAUACUUAUAUAGAAAUCAAAAAUUUAUUUGAGUCUAUAAAGGCUAAUACUAAUUCAAGGGAAUCUUUACAAUCCAUCGAUAUUGAUGUUGUAAAGAACGAUGUUUUCGAUAUAGAAUCCAAAAUGAAAGAAUUCAAAAAACAUCUUCAAUCUAAAUUAUCAAUUUUGAAGUCACAAGAACAACAUUUAACCAAAGAUAUGUAUUUAAUGACACAUCAAUCAGCAAAAUCGAAAAUACAAACAAAAUUUGACAGUAAAUCAUAUAAUGAUAUAAUUCCAAGUCCUGUGAAAACAAUAAUAUAUUCGCCCUUUAAAUAUACCGAAGUUGAAGAAUACCAAAAGUUUAUGUCUACUCAUCGUCGUUAUGGAGGAUGGAAUGAAUACAAUCACAAUGUAUUUGUGGUAUCUUGGAAAAAAUAUUUCGAUACAGAGAAAAGUGUAGAUGCAGAAUUUCAGUAUUCAAAUCACGAAAAUUUUCCCAAUUUUCUGAUCGAUAUAGGCGAAAAAAUUCCGGGCAUAACAAAAGACGAGGUAAUUUCGCAUAUACAAUGGUAUACAAAAUAUCUCUACUUUAAAAAUCGUCAGCAAAAAGCUUUAGAUAAAUGGAGAGCUAGUAAACAGAACACAAACAAGUCUCAUAAUGUACAGGUAAUGUUAUGUUUUGACAAUUACAAUAAGAACUCAAGAUAG